GGGGGCAAGGAGCUAGUAACUUGAGAGAGAGAGAGAGAGAGAGAGAGAGAGAGAGAGAGAGAGAGAGAGAGAGAGAUCAGUGGAGAGAGAGUAAGGGGAAAGGAGGUGGUUGAUAGUUAAGAUGACAAAGGUGUCUCACUUUGUUCUGGUGCAUGGCAUUGGUGGGGGAAGUUGGUGCUGGUACAAGGUCAGGUGCCAACUGGAGAAUUCCGGCUACAAAGUCUCCUGCAUAGACCUCAAAGGCGCCGGAAUCAAUCAAUCCGACGCCAAAAACAUCCACACGUUCGAUGAAUACAACAAGCCGCUCAUCGACUUCAUGUCAUCCUUGCCAGACGACGAAAAGGUAAUUGUGGUAGGACACAGCGCGGGCGGAUUGAGCCUGACCGAUGCGACACACAAGUUUGGGAAGAAAAUAAGCUUGGCAAUCUACUUGGGAGCCACCAUGUUGAAAACAGGAAUGUGCAACGAGCAAGAUAUCAAAGACGGAGUGCCAAAUUUAUCAGAAUUCGGCGACGCAUACGAUUAUGGGUAUGGAUAUGGACCAGACAAACCCCCAACUAGUGCCCUACUCAAGAAAGAAUUCCAUCGUGACCUCAUCUACCAAUUGAGCCCUCCAGAGGUAUUAAUCCCUAAUACUCCCUCCAUUUGGAAAAUUAAAAAAAAUUUCCAAAUGGAGGGACACAACGGAAAUGUAAUGAGAGCCGCCCGAUGCUCGUGGAUUACUCAUGAUGCAAGUGGAAACCACAUAAUCGGUUGGUUCGGGCGCAAGAUGUGUCCGGAUCAGUGUCACUCCGUUUGUGCUAUCAUAUUUGUAUCUUUAACGCGAGAUCUGCGUGCCACAGGAUGCUACUUUGGGUGGAAUGCUUCUGAGACAAGGCCCGCACAAGGCACUUGUCUCCGCUCGAUUCAACGAAGGGCCCGACGUCGAUGAGGUGCCCCGAGUUUAUAUCAAGAUGACGCAGGACUUGGUGUUGAAGCUGGAGCAACAAGAGGCGAUGGUGGAUCGAUGGCCACCCGCGGAGGUUUAUGUCUUGGAGAGCGACCACAGCCCCUACUUCUCCGCCCCGUCUCAGCUCGUGGACUUGCUCGUCAAAGCGGCAUCUUCCGUCGCGGUUUAGAGAUCUGUGUUUGGGAAAUUAUCAGGUUCUGCAUUUUACGUUAUGUGAUUCUGCAUUUUGAUUGUUUGCCACCUGACUUUAGAAUGCACUAUAAGAAAUUGCAUUCGCAAAAAUACUUUAGAAUGCACCAUUGGGAAAUCUCAGCUUUUUGCAUUUUCAUUUUACACUUUAGACGGUCAAUGAUGUCGGAGUUAGCUUACGCAAAUCUCAACUAAUCCUCUUUUUGUUCCCGUCAAAGGCAGACUAUUUACACCCGAACUAGGCAAUUGACAUAAACUACUUUAUUGCACAAUGACCUCAAGAAUCGAACCCUAACUAGUCAACUGUGUGAAGACCAAACCUCUAUUUAGUUAGACCUUUGUUUGUACACAUAUAGUUUAGGAACGGAGUAUCAUGUACUUAAUAGGUCCGGGUUUGGAUUGCUAGCGGGUUUUACACACUACUCCCUCCAUCCCAAUUUUCGUAAUGUUUUCCCAAAUUUUUUUUGUACCGUUUGAAAGUACUCACUAAGAUCUUUUGAACGGUGAAAAAAAUUACUAAAAUUUAAUUCCAAAAGUUCUUUAUUUUUUAGGUCAAACUUGCACGGUUUCCCAUGCUUCACCAGUGAGUCUCCAUGGGAUGGGACUUGUUUAAUUACUAGGUCCGUGAAAUCUAUACUUGUUUAAUUACUAGGUCCGUGAAAUCUAUACUUUCAAGAUCAAGAUAUGAUAAAAUCUAAGUAAUGCAACAUAUAUUAUCAAGAAAUAUCGACGUCAUGAGCCUCAAAACUACAUAAAUGAAUGGCUUGAAAAUGCACAUGACUCCAUUGAUAUAGGCUAUGGACUUAGUUAAUACACGUUUGCGAAAGUAAUAUACCUGAUGAUAUGUGAUUCGAACAGGUGCCUUGACCGAUAGUUGCUGAUGAAGACAAUAGCUAGGCGAAGUAAUAUGGGUGGGAUCAUAGUCAGAUAAUCACUAUUUGAUAUCAUUUCAAUUAGAAUAGAGUCCAUCCGUUCGCUUUCUAAGAUACUAGCGGUUGAAUGCCUUUGAACGUUCUGAAUGACCGUAUAAUACUGUGUGAUUAUAGACGACUUAGGACUCAAUAUAAGUCUGUAACUAAUGAUUUUAGACGACUUCAACUUUAAGCAUGAAAAGUUGGAUUUAUUGUAUGAUUGGAAAAUACUUUUUAUGACUUGUUAAUGUGCAUGGUCGAUCAACUAAUUUAUAACUUUGACCCGUGCUUACGACGCUUUUAAAUUUAUCUUUUUUCAGGAGAAUAACAAAUUCCUGAAGAAAUCUCAUAGCUGAUUGAGAGUGGCUUUGUUUUGUUGGUAUUGUCAUAUUUAUGGAAUAUAUGCAAUGAACUUAUGUAUUUGGCUUAUCUUGAAUCCUUCUUAAUCAUCUUAUAUUGAGUUUAAGAGUGGCUUUGUUGUUGGUUUUGUCAUAUUUGUGUAUUAUGUAUUUGGCUUAUCGAUCUCUUGCUUAUUAAGCCAAACAUUGUGGGAUGUAAUCAUCUUAUUGAAUUUAUUUUGUUAAUUGGGUGACUGUAA